CUCUCCAGGGCGUCAGAUCCCGGGCGAUGGGGGUGGCCAGGCGGCAGAGAGCCUCGGCCGCGCUGUCGCUCAGCUGCCUCUCCUUAAUCUUCUCCAUCACGGCUUUCAGCAGCAGCUACUGGUGCGAAGGGACCCGGAAAGUAGCCAAGCCUUUUUGUGGCGAACUGCGGGGUGGGACCCACUGCAUCCGCUCCAACGGCUCCGGUAGGGCGAACGACAGCAACGUGGUCCAGUAUAUCUGGGAGACGGGCGAUGACAAGUUCGUCGACCGAAAGUUUCAUGCCGGGAUCUGGUAUUCUUGCGAGGAGGUUAUCAGCGGAGAAGGUGAGAAAUGUAGAAGUUUUAUCAGCCUGACACCCCCGGCGGAUCGAGGGGUUCUGUGGCUGUCGAUUGCAGCAGAGGUCCUCUACAUUGCUUUACUGCUGAUGGGCGUCGCUCUCAUGUUGAUUGAAAUCUGCCAUUCCAUCAGCAUCCUGGAUGGGCUGAAGCUCAAUGCAUUUGCUGCGAUAUUCACUGUUCUGGCAGGACUCCUGGGAAUGGUGGCUCACAUGAUGUAUACAACUGUGUUUCAAAUGACAGUCAAUCUUGGUCCGGAGGACUGGCGCCCACAGACCUGGGAUUAUGGCUGGUCUUACUGCCUUGCAUGGGGCUCUUUUGCCUGCUGUAUGGCUUCCUCGGUGACCACUAUGAACAGAUACACAAAAACUAUUCUGGAAUUUAAGUAUAAGCAGAAAAAACUGGAGAGAAGUUUGAAGGCUAAAUCCGAGUCCCCUGAACCAGAAAAAGCUUGGAGGAUGUACAUUGACACCAUCCACAGCACAACUGAGGACUUCAUGCAUCACCUGACAGACAUUCACAGUCCAGACAAUCCUACAGCAUUUGCAGAAUUAAAUAAUAUCCCCAUGGCACAUUGUGAAGAAUAUUGCUAAACUCGUGACAGAGGUUUCUUUUUCCUCUCUUCUUCUUUGGAAAUAGCCAGUGUUUACUUGAUGCAUUCUUUUGUAUGUCAAGGAUUAAUGUUCUAACUUCAGAAUGUGUUGGUGACUUACCAAGAGAAAGCCAAGAAGACAACCCUUCUUCCUUUUCCUUUUCCAUUUCCUUCUGCUUCUGUUUUAAUUGAGAGCAACGUCCAGCUGAAGCUAAGCACUGAACUCCCCACUGAUUUUAGUGGGGGUUGAUUUUAAGUACAUGUUUAACUUUCCCAUUGAAAUUAUGUCCUUAAAUUGUAAGU